AUGGCGAAAAAUCUAUUCCAGAAACUCUGGCAUCCGGAUCCUGCAUCGCCCAAUUUCGCAGAGGGAAAGACAGUGCCCGAUGUCGAUGCAAACGUCUUCUCUCAAUUCACUUUCUGGUGGCUCACUCCUUUGCUUCGUGUAGGGUGGUCACGUCCUCUCCAGUCUGAAGACCUUUGGGACCUCAACACGCAAAAACAGGCAUCAGUUUGUGGAGAUCGUAUCGAACGGCUAUUCUAUGAACGGUGCCCUCCCAGGAAGCGGCCCUCUUAUAUGCGCCCAUUUGCUAACAACAUUGUACCGGAAGCUGAACGGGAGGAUCUCGAAAAAGCAGAAGCAUCGAGUUGCGAAGCAGCGACGAUGGGCGAGAAACGUCCGCAAAUCGAGGCCCCGUGGAUCCCACUUUUCAAUCACAUAAAUAAGUGGGACCAAAGUCUAUUGAGGGCACUCAAUCGAGCAUUCUUUUGGCGAUUUUGGACGGCAGGAUUAUUCAAGGGCGUUGCAGAUGUAUUGAAUGCCACCACUCCCGUUGUCACUCGUCUACUCUUGACAUACCUCAGCGAAGCUUAUUACCAUUCCCGUGGUACUCCUGGUGCGCCUCAGCCUGGGUCUGCCAGCUAUGGCUUUGGCCUGGCCAUUGCUGUCGCAGCCAUGCAAGAAGUCAGUUCGCUAUGCACGAACCAGUAUUUCUUCAGGGCUAUGACAACAGGAUUCUUGGUUCGUACCAGCGUGAUCUCUGCUAUCUUUCGUAAAGGUUUACGACUUUCUGGUCGAUCCCGCGCGAAACAUUCAACCGGGCAGAUUACAACUAUGAUCAGCACCGAUUGUUCCAGACUUGACACGGCUGCUGCUUUCUUCCAUAUUAUUUGGACGGGUCCGAUCGAACUUAUCAUUGGUAUUGCAUUACUCAUUCAUAAUCUGGGAUACUCUGCUCUAGUCGGUCUCGGCGUGCUCAUCGUUGGAUUCCCGGUGCAAGCAGUUCUCAUUCAAAGAAUGGUUCAAGCCCGGUAUGCAACUGUUCAGCUUACCGACAAGCGAGUCCGACUCCUUCAAGAAAUUCUCCAAGGCAUUCGGCUCUUGGUGCUUUUUGGCUGGCAGAAGCACUACGCCGAAAAAGUAUUAGGAAUCCGCAGACAGGAGUUGGUUCGCAUUCGGAAGGCGUCUUUUUAUCACGCUACACUCGUUUCGACAAUCACGUUUAUGCCAAUUUUGGCCGCAACUUUAUCGUUCAUUACAUAUGCGCUGACUGGCCAUGAUCUCAAUGCGGCAAUCGUCUUCUCCAGUCUGCAACUUUUCAAUAUUAUCCGUACUCCGCUCAUAUUGGUGCCUUUUGUUGCUGGUACCUGUGGUGAUGCUUACGUUGCUCUGGGACGUAUCGCUAAAUUCCUAACCAGCGAGGAGAUGGAAGAUCAGUUUGAGGUACGGCUCGAAAACGACUACGCUGUUGACAUCCGCGGUACAUUCACCUGGGAACGGGGGGGCACGCCUCAAGGGUCUACUCAAGAAGAAGACAAGGAUAAAGAUGCAACAUUGAAAAGCGCGGCUACCGAGACUUCCAAGCCGACCAAAGAGCAGCUGGCGAAGAAGAAGGCGGGCGACAAGGAAAAGAAAAGACUGGAACAGGAAAAGAAGAAACGGGAGAAGGAGCGACUGGCAAAAAAGAAGAGGGGAAUAGAUCCCAACGAUUCUUCAGACGAGGAAGAAGAUGGGUCUGAGCCGUUUCGCCUGGUGGAUGUCAACCUCCAAGUUCCACGCGGAGCCUUCGUCGGCAUUGUGGGAAGGAUCGGUAGCGGAAAGUCGUCCUUGCUCCAAGCGAUCACUGGAGAAAUGCGUCGUGUGGUUGGCAAUGUGGUUUUAGGUGGGACGACCGCGUACGCACCGCAGCAAGCAUGGAUUCAGAACAUGACUCUGCGUCAGAACGUUACUUUUGGGAGGCCAGAUAUCCCGAACCAGUUCAAUCAGGUGGUGGAUGCUUGCGCGCUCAUGCCGGAUAUCGAAAUGCUCCACGAUAGAGAGCAAACCGAAAUCGGAGAGCGAGGUGUGAAUUUAUCAGGUGGCCAAAAAGCUCGAAUCAAUCUUGCAAGGGUUGCCUACUUCGGCCCAGAUAUUGCCCUUUUGGACGAUCCUUUGAGUGCAGUCGAUAGCCAUGUCUCUAAACACAUUCUUGAAAAUUGUCUCCUUUCUGGUCCGCUUGCUGAUAAGACUCGUAUUUUGGUCACCCAUCAACUCCACGUGCUUCCAUACGUUGACGAAGUCAUUUUCAUGGACAACGGCUGCAUUGUUGAGAGGGGUAAAUACUCGGACUUGGUUAUCGCCGGAGGGCAAUUCAGCAGACUUGUUGCUGAAUAUGGUGUGGCUGAACAAACCGAAAACCCGAAGGAAAAUGAAGACACAAAUGCAACCAUGACGCCCAAGGGCGAAAAACAAGGGAGGCAGAUUCUUUUCCGUUACAUUCGCGCAGCUGGAGGGCUGCACUGGAUGCCCUUCUUGGUACUCUUACUGAGCCUGGCACAAGCUACCAGCGUUUUGAGUAUGCUUUUCCUUGGUUUCUGGACUUCAAACCAUUGGAACUUGUCUCAAGGUGCAUACGUAGGCAUCUAUGCAGGCCUAGGAUUUGCCACAGCAGUCUUCUCAUUCAUGGGUUCAUUCGCUUUCGCAUGGGCGGGGUUCAUUGCAUCGCUGAACCUAUUCUCUGGUGCUUUGAGCGGCGUAUUAGGCUCUCCGAUCAAGUUUUUUGACACCACACCUAUAGGCGCUAUUAUCACAAGACUAAGCAAUGAUAUUGAUACCCUUGAUGCCAACCUGCCUCAGGCAUGGUUUCAUUUACUAUCCGAUACGUUUAGCAUAUUAGGCACCGUAGUGCUUGUUUUCUAUACAUACGUAUGGCUUGGAAUAAUGUUUCCUCCUCUAUUCUUCCUCUACUGGUACUUCUCCAUAUACUACCGAAGAACGAGCAUAGAAGUCAAGCGGCUAGAUUCAAUCCUACGUUCCCGCUUGUAUGCGGCUUUCUCAGAAGCGUUGACUGGUAUAAGUACCAUCCGCGCUUAUCGAGAACAACCUCGGUUUGUUGGAACAUCGGAGAGAAAGAUUGACAUGGGGAACAAAGCAUAUUUCAUGACAAUAACAUGCCAACGUUAUCUGGGUGUCAGGCUGGAUUUCUUGGGAAACCUACUUGUUUUAGGCAUCGGUCUAAUUGGCGUUGGAUUCAGGACGAGCGCAGACCCAUCCAAGCUUGGAAUUGUAAUGACCUACGCCUUGACUAUUACACAAACAUUUUCUCAGAUGGUUACUCAACUCGCACAAGUAGAACAAGACAUGAACAUGGUCGAACGUAUUGUUCAUUAUCGCAACCUUGAGCAAGAGCCCGCGACACAACUGCCCAACGACCCCCCGCGUGAAUGGCCACAACAAGGGGGGAUCAGCUUUCGGAAUGUGGCCCUUCGUUAUAGGGAGGGCUUGCCCUUGGUGCUGAACGGCCUAACAUUUAAUAUCAAACCUGGAGAAAGAGUUGGCAUUGUAGGGAGAACGGGAGCAGGAAAAUCGUCAUUACUCACUGCAUUGUUUCGUGUUACUCCAUUGUCUGGCGGAACCAUUGAGAUAGAUGGCGUGAACAUUGAAGAGAUUGGGAUCGAAACAUUGAGGCAUCGAUUCAGUGUCAUUCCUCAAGAUACUGUGCUGUUCGAAGGCACUCUUCGGGAAAAUAUCGACCCUUUCAAAACCAGGACCGACCAGCAAUUGUACUCCGCUCUGCGAAGAGUCAAGUUACUAGAGCCCGGCUCGAAGGCACCACCUAGAAACUCGAAAUUUCAUCUAGACAAUCAAGUUCGGGAUGAUUUAUUCAGUGCUGGAGAGCGACAGUUAUUGGCACUGUGUCGGUCUUUGACCAAGGAUCAUUGUAAAAUACUGAUUCUGGAUGAGGCAACAUCUAGUGUAGAUGUAGAUACCGACCGCACGGUUCAACAAAUGAUUCAACGCCACUUUCACGGAAAGACACUACUCUGCAUUGCACAUCGCCUUAAUACUAUCGUAUUUUAUGACAGGGUCCUGGUUAUGGAUGAAGGACGUCUGAAAGAGUAUGAUACUCCGCUAAAUCUCUUUGAUAACCCAGAAUCCCACUUCCGAGCCAUGUGCGAUAAAGCAGGACUCUCGCGCGCCGAUAUUGUGAAGAUCCGCGAGGACGCUGAGGCACAACUUUGA